GUCGCCACAGAUUUAUACUUGUCAUCAGUUUUUCCAAGCAUGUCAGCAGCUACUGGAUCCAUCACGCUUCGCACGGGGCUGAAGAUGCCGACGGUUGGGUUUGGGCUGUGGAAGAUCGAGAAGGCAGUGGCAGCCACGCAAGUGUACAAUGCAAUCAAGGCUGGGUACCGGCUGCUGGACGGGGCGUGCGACUACGGCAACGAGGUGGAGGUCGGACAAGGAAUCCGCAGAGCGAUCUCCGAGGGCAUUGUGCAGCGCUCGGACCUGUUCAUCACCAGCAAGCUCUGGUGCACGUACCACCACCGCGAGCACGUGAAGCCAGCACUGACGCGCACCCUGCAGGACCUCGGCCUGGACUAUGUGGACCUGUAUCUGGUUCACUUCCCGAUCUCGCUAAAGUACGUGCCGUUUGAGACGCGGUACCCGCCCGAGUGGCAUUACGACAGCGGCAAGGUCGAGCUGGACCCGGUGCCGUUCAGCGAGACGUGGUCGGGCAUGGAGGAGCUGGUGAAGCCGGCGGUCAUGCAGAUUGAAGUCCACCCGUAUCUGGUCAGGAAGGAGUUGGUGGAGCUGGCGCAGCGCGAGGGCAUCGCGGUCACGGCGUUUUCGUCGUUCGGCGACACCAGCUAUAAGCAGAUUGGCAUGGUGCCGGAGGGGAUUACGCCGCUGCUCGAGCACGAGGCUAUAAGGGAGAUUGCGCAAAAGCACGGGAAGACCAGCGCGCAGGUUCUGCUGCGGUGGGCGGUUGAGCGGGAUAUUGCGGUGAUCCCAAAGUCGCAGAAUCUGGAUGUGCUUGGGUUUGAGCUGUCCAAGGAGGAGAUGGCGCAGAUUAGUGGGUUGGACCGGAAGCUCAUCUUCAACGACCCGGCGAUUUAUGCAAACUGCCCGAUUUGGGCAAAGCUGAGUAGAUUUUGUGGGUGAUCAAGAAAGAGGAUCAAUGCGAUGAAC